AUGGCUGCGCUGCUGAGCACCUACCCCUGGCCCGAGAGGCUGGAGGGGGAGGCUGCGGAGGGGCUGCAAGCGGGGCCGCCCCCGAGCCGCUGCCCCCCGGGGGAGAAGAGCGCCGAGAGCCGCAUCCGUCGCCCCAUGAACGCUUUCAUGGUGUGGGCGAAGGACGAGAGGAAGAGGCUGGCGGUGCAAAACCCCGACCUGCACAACGCGGAGCUCAGCAAGAUGCUCGGCAAGUCCUGGAAGGCGCUGAGCCUCUCGCAGAAGCGACCCUACGUGGAGGAGGCCGAGCGGCUGCGGGUCAAGCACAUGCAAGAUUACCCCAACUACAAGUACCGGCCCCGACGGAAGAAGCAGGUCAAGAGGAUCUGCAAGCGGGUGGAUCCCGGGUUUUUGCUGGGCAGCCUGACGCGGGACCAAAACGCCGUGCCCGAGAAGCGGACCUGCGGCCGGGCCGGGGGUGAGAAAGAGGGGCCGGGUGAGUACCGCCCUCGCCCGGGGCUGCCGCCCGUCCGCGGCUACCGGGAUCCACCGGGCAGCAGCGGUGGCACCAGCGUGGACACGUACCCCUACGGGCUGCCCACCCCUCCCGAGAUGUCUCCGUUGGACGCCAUAGACCCCGAGCAGAGCUUCUUCUCCUCGCCCUGCCCCGACGAGCAUCACCGCUCCCACCUCGCCGGCGGAGCCCCCUUCUCCCCGGAGUACGCGGGCAGCUCCCUCCCGUGCAACCACCAUCCGCUCAGCCCCAUGCCGCAGCCGGCCACCUGCAUGAUGCCCUCGGCCUCCGGCUGCCCUCCUCUUCCUCCUACCAGCUACUACACGGCCGCCUUCCCCCCGCUGCAGCCCCCUGGCCUCCACGCCCACCUGGGCCAGCUCUCCCCACCGCCCGACCACCACGGCUUUGACACCUUGGACCAGCUGAGCCAAGCCGAGCUCCUGGGGGAGAUGGACCGCAACGAAUUCGACCAGUAUCUCAACACCCCCGGCCACAGCGAGCACCACGCCGGGGCUUUGGCCAACGGACACAUCCCGGCGGCCUCGGCGGCUGGUGGCUCCCACGCGGCGGAGACCAGCCUCAUCUCCGUCCUCGCCGACGCCACGGCCACCUACUACAACAACUACAGCGUCUCCUAGACCUGCGGCCGCCUGGACCGGCCGAGGAAGGACCCAACAGUAUUACGAGGCGUUGGUCCCCCGGGGACAUCGCUCGCCUCCCCUCAGGGCGUCCGAGUCCGAACCACGAGGGCCGUGGAGUCUCUUCG